AUGAAAAAGCGGCAGCAUAAAGUAAUUUUGGAGAAAAAUGCUAUUCCCUCCGGACGCAAGUUAAUCGGCAAAGGAUUUACUUUCCUACAGGAUAAUGAUCCAAAGCACAGUGCAAAAUUAUGUAUAGGCUAUUUAGACGGGAAACAGUCGGAGAAAGUGUUGGAAAACAUGACAUGGCCACCCCAAAGUCCUGAUCUUAACCCUAUAGAGCUUUUGUGGGAAGAGCUUGACCGAAACGUUCGGGAACAAUGUCCUUCUUCACAGCAGGCUAUGUGGAAUGCAUUAGAAGGAAGCUGGAGUAAUAUCUCGCAAGAGAUCUCGCACGCCACGAUUGGUAACACAGGUCAUAAAAUGCAAAAGAGGAUAUUUUGA